AUGUGUGGGACCUGUAACUGCCUCUCACGUGAAAGCAGAAGACAAGGUUCGAGUAGAGCAGUAUGUUUUCUCUGCUUGGCGGAAACUGUACCACGUAACUUGAAUGUGACUAAAGCCACUGCUGCAUUCCUUUUAGAUAUCGCUCGUUCUGUUUUUACAUCUUUGCCUACUGGCGCGUGCGCGCUUGCGGCGCCCACAGGCGGGGCGCCGUGGUCCGCCAGCGGCCACGGACGCAUCAUCAACGGCACCGACGCCAGCAUCGCCGACUUCCCGUGGAUGGCGUCGCUGCAGCUGGCGGGCGACCACUGGUGCGGCGCCUCCGUCAUCGGCGACAGCUGGGCGCUCACGGCCGCGCACUGCGUCUUCCGGCACGAGGUGGCCAACAUGAGCGUGAGGGCGGGCACGUCCACGCGGGGCAGCGGCGGGGUCGUCCUCAGCGUCUCGCAGGCCAUCAUCCACGACGACUUCAGCAUCAUUUCUGCCGAAUACGACAUCGCCGUUGUACAGGUUGCUGAGCCCUUCCCGCUGGGCCCCACAGUGCAGCCCGUGGUCCUGCCCGGUGAGGGCUACGACCCUCCGGUAGGGCUGCCCGUCACCGCCACCGGCUGGGGCGCCACCCAGGACGGCGGGGCGGCGGAGGAGCUGCAGAGCGCCGACCUCGAGGUGCUGGACCGGUCCGAGUGCGAGGCGCGCCUGGGCCAAGUCCACCACGUGACGGCCAGCAUGCUGUGCGCCGGACACCCCAGCCGCGCCGUCUGCCACGGCGACUCGGGGAGCGCGCUCGUGCACGCCGGCACGCAGCUGGGCGUCGUCUCCUGGGGGAACUCCAGCUGCCUCGGCCCGGUCGCCGUCUACGGCAACGUGGCCAGCGCCAGGGCCUGGAUCAGGGACACUACUGGAGUCUAG